AUGGGUUCUGCAUACACAGAUAUCAAGUCGCCCAUUGGGCAUGAUUUUGGAGAUGAACAGACGCAAGCAGAGCUCGAGCUGAUGGAUGAGCUUCAUAAGUUGGGCGUCUCCAAAUAUGUAAACUUGCCUCAGUUGAUUGUCGUUGGAGACCAAAGUGUUGGCAAAAGUUCGGUGCUCCAAGCCGUGACAGAGAUUCCUUUCCCGACCGAUGAUAAGAUGUGUACCCGUUUUGCAAAAGAGAUUGUUCAUAAGAGAACUUCGCCGAAUGACACAAUCUCAGUGACUGUUGAGAUUAUUCCUGAUUCCAGUGAAACCCAAGAGCGGAAGGAUUUGUUGUCCUCAUGGCGUCCGCUAGCCUUUGGGCCCACGCUUGACAAGAAGACAAUGAAUUCUAUAUUCAAGCAGAUUGCACAGGCAGAAUCCAUCUUUAUUGAAGACCAUGCCGAUGUCCGACCUGGUAGAAGACCGAAACAUAAUCGUUUAAGUAGCUCUGUUCUGCGCAUAACACGACGUGGGCCCGAUGAGAAGAAUUUCGCGAUUGUAGAUAUACCAGGUCUUAUCCGUGGUGAGCGAUGCCAAAAACAUGACUGGGUGUUUGAGCUCAUCAAUAAUGAUGACCAAUCCCCAAGGUAUUUAAAGGAAAGAUGGUACGGUUUGCGGAACAGAGCGCCAGUCGAAGCCAGCAACAGUGACGCAGAGAGAGAUGCUAUUGAGGAUGCCUUCUUUUCUGGGGAUGAAUGGAACCGACUGAAUAAGAAAAGGCUUGGUAGGCAUCACCUACGAAGCAAUCUUAUAAAGAUGCAGAACAGACACGUCAAAAGAAGCAAAAGAAGCAUACCUAGUCUUCUAUCCGAAAUUAAAGCGAAGCUUGUCUCAUGCAAUAACGACAUCUCCAAAUUGGGACCACCAUGCAAUACGAAUGUUGAGCAAUUUGCUUUGAUGAAUGGGAUUGCAAGGAGGUACUCUAGAUUGGUAGAGAAUUCCUUAAAUGGGAACUAUCGAGGGCUAAUCCAACCUGAUACUUUUGCAAGGAAAUUGAUUCGAGACGGGCUUGACAAAUUUAAUGAUACACUGCAGGCAGAGGGCCCUGUGAAGCCUUUUGUAACAUAUACAGCGGAAGCGAAGCUUAUACCUGGUGAGGACGGAAUGACAUGGCCUGAGAAACUUAUGAAAGAUUCGACCUAUGGUUGGAUACGUCAAGUGAUCGAGAGCUUUCGGGGGACGGAAUUUCCUGGUGAUUUGAAUCCUUUGGUGAUCGACUUUCUAUGGAAAAAGCAAACAACGGGUUGGAAGGCCAUCGCUGAGGCAGCUCUUGCCAAUGCGGAGAGCAUGGUUGAUCGGGUAAAUGAGGUACUGUUCCAAAGUGUUUGCUCAGAUGAUGAUCUUCGAGUCAAACUGCGGGACUGGUUACACGCCGAUUUUCAAAAGGCAUCAAACGAUGCCGCGAGGGAGCUCGAACGCCUGAUCGCAGAUGAAAUUGACGGUCAUCUCUUCACCCUUCAUCCCCAUUUCACUUCAAUACGAAUGCACAGACAACAAGACAGGAUUAAUGAAGUUACAAGCGUUUUAUCAAAGGAGAAAGCAUGGAUGAACCAACAACAGGGUGGUGCACUAAUCCCCAACUUAUCGAUAUCAUCUGAUAAGAUUGUUGGGACUGAACUAUAUCACGACAAAGAAUUGGCGGUAGUUUUGAACACUCACGAUAGUCUUGAGGCCUAUUAUGAGUUGGCUAGAUAUCGAUUCACCGACAACGUUGCGCUCCAAGUCAUCGAAAGGCACCUGCUUGGUUCGGAUGGUCCACUACGUCUUUUCUCUCCUCAGUACGUGUCGGAGAAAUUGAAUGGAGAACGGAACGAGAUCGCAUUGAAUAAUUUAGUUGGUGAGCAUCUAAACAAGGCCUAG